AUGAGGUUUCGGAAGGAGGGCCACGGGGGCCCUCUCCCGCUGGUCCUGGCGCGGCACCGGCUCCCUCCCCCCACACCCCCCCCAAACCCGCCGCCAAGGCGCACGGAGCGGGAGGACGGGGAGAGAGAGAGCCUGCCUCCCGGCCGGCCAAGCACACGAGUGUACCAAAACAGAAACCCGGUGGUGGUCGAGAGGUUUUUCCACGACGGGGCUCGCCCGGCGCCGCAGGACCGCACCGGGGCACGGCCGGGCGCACGGAACGGGCCCCACAGGCGCCCGGGGGUUCCCACCACCCCCCGACGGCGCGGAGCGGCACACACGCCCGCCGCAGAGGGACCGCCGGGCACCCCCUCCCGGCGGCCGCCAGCGGCGGGACGCGGCACGCACCCCGACCGGGGGUGGGCGGCGGAGUCUGGGGGAACAGAGGUACCUGGAGAGGGGGGGACGGGACGAGCGCACUCUGCCGCGGGGAGGCGGAGCCCCCACCGCCAAACGCCGGGAACCGACGCCGACCCCGGCCGGACGCGAGGACCGCAGCGCUACCCACCCGCGACGGCGGAACGCCGUCCAGGGCGGGCCGUCAGGAGGCGGCGGCGGCGGCGGCGGCGGCGAGGCCGCCGGCGCCGCCGACGGGACCCGACCACCUCGCGGGAGACACCCCGGAGGGCUUCCCCGCGCGGGCCGCGCCCCGACGGCGACCACGACGACACAGCACCGCCGCGCGCGCCACACACCCACACGGGCGCCCCGAGAGACUGCACCGCGGGACGAGUCCCGACCGCGACCGGGGGAGCGGCUCGGCGUCGGAAACAGCAGGCGGGCGGCGGAUCUUCCACCGCGAACCCCGCGCGGAAGGCGGCACGCUGGAACCGUCCUAGCGAGAAGCCGACGUACAGAGGAAACACCGCGGGGGUCCGCGGGCGGCGGCGGCCACCGACGAGGCCACCGCCGCCCCCCCCGGGAGCCCUCCCGGCCGCGGGAACGCUCACGCGGAAGAGGAGAGGGGGGCGCGUGCCCCUCUUUUCCCUCCUCGCGCAACCGUUAAUGAUCCUUCCGCAGGUUCACCUACGGAAACCUUGUUACGACUUUUACUUCCUCUAG